AUGGCGAAGAACUCUAAAAAUUACACCCAGAAGCCGAAGGGCGCCACUAAGGCGCCAGCAGCGGCGGGCAGCGAGGCUGAGGAAGAAGUAGGCGGAGUGACCACGGAUGCGCUGUCUGCUGUGGAAGAGUCCAAAAGUGAAGAAGUCAGGAAGACAAUCGAAGAGCUGACCAAGGCCGAGGAUAUGGCGGUCAAACCAUGGGACCGAACUGGGAACAGUUACCACGACCCCCGAUCGGAGGCGCCUAUAUUGACGAAUAAUAUCCGCCGCCAGAGAAUACCCACCGCCAAAGAACUCAGUCCGAUGCCGAGAAGCGAGCGGACGAAGAGGCAGAAGUCCGAGCCAAGCUACGUGCUGAACGACGACAUCGACCGGACACUGAGCGGUGACGGAUCUACAAGGCCAAUCGUCCUCCAAAGGAAAAGCGUGUCAACCACGCCAAAUUGGGGCGCGCGGCUCAUGAUCGUCGGAUGUUGGACACGACCUUACCAAGCAGCUCAGGAUGGGGACCUCUUUCGAGCGGACCACCGACGCCAAGCAGCGGAGGAUGAGGGCCCAAACAUUCCUGGUGAGCUGGGUGAAGAAGCGGGAAACGUGUUAGACAAGCUACGGGUGAAUGCGCAACGAAUGGGCGGCGAGUGGCGACGGAGUGCUGUGCGGUGGAUUCCAUCCACUGACCGCAGCCUCCUGAAGGCUACAUGCACUUAUGUGUGGCGAGUGCCUGUGGAACAAUUCAGUGAGGACGACUACCGCGAUCGCAUCAUGGAAAUCGUCGGGCAACCAGGGCUCAAGACGACACCCACUAAGUCGGACAUGCAAACAUACUGUCGGGCGCUGAGCGUUGACCCCCAUGGAGACGUGGGCAGCCGCCUGGUGUCUUUAUGGAGCAGUGGAUGA